AGCGGCCGUGCGCUUCCGGUGUGGAGGUGUUGAGUUCGUGUCUACGCAGGCAGUCGGCUCUGUUUGUUCUUUUUUUUUUUUUUUUUUUUUUUUUGAGAAAGAUACGUUGCGAAUUGCAACCUGGCAGUAUUCUCAUAACAGUAACUACAGCUAUACAGGUUUUACCGGGGCAAAAUGGUGGCAAAACAGAGAAUUCGUAUGGCCAACGAAAAACACAGCAAAAACAUCACGCAGAGGGGAAAUGUGGCAAAGACAACGAGGAACCCUCAGGAUGACAAAGUGUCUGUUGGUCCCUGGUUAUUGGCACUGUUCAUUUUUGUUGUCUGUGGUUCAGCCAUCUUCCAGAUCAUCCAGAGCAUCAGACUGGGCAUGUAAAAUGGACAGAGCAACCUUAUUUCCAUACUGUCCUGUGAAUUCCAGCCUCCACUCUACCGAUCCAACAGUUAUACCGCACCAGGCUUGGGAAUCUCCAGUAAUGAAGAGUUGAAAGAAUAUCAUUUCAUCUGUAUCGCCACAGCCAUCAUUCCUACCAGUGCCUUAAAAUACACAAUCGCCAUGCCAUUGUAAAUGUAACAUUCCAAUCUGGGACCUUGAUUAAAAAAACUUGUAAAUGUGUUUAUUUCUAUCUGUUUUAUAAAGUGUAUGUGCCAUGAUUAAUUUGUUUGGUGUACCUUGUAUGUGUUUUUUCUUUUUUUUUGUCGUCUGAUUCAAUUAUAAUUUCCUCCUUAUUUUAAAAGGAUGAUGUGUUUAGGGAAUAUGGUGUUUUUUACUGGCUGCUGCAAGACAACAUACAUAACCAUGAUACCUAGAGCUAAUAACUACAUUACUAUCUUAUACUUAAACUGUAUUGGCUAAGACUGUGUUUGCAGGGGUGGGGGGGGAAGAACCUGCAAAUACGGCAUAGCCAGGCACCAGAAAACAGCACGCAAGUGUGUGUGUGUGUGUGUAUCUCUCUCUCUAAUAAAUAAAUAUAUAUAUAUAUAUAUAUAUAUAUAUAUAUAUAUAUAUAUAUAUAUAUAUAUAUAGUUCAACCUGAUUGUAAGCUAUUUGUAUCUUGCCAUUCGUUUUAAUUCUGUGAAGUUUGCAUGUGUAUUAUCUCUAUUCCCUUGGUCAAAAGUAUUAAAAUGGUGAGGUGAGUGACUGCCAUUUAAACCCUGUGAAACAAAUAAAAAUGAGAAAUUGUAA